UAGGUUUUGUUUUCACCUGGCAUCACGGCAAAUCAUUGAAAAUUUCAAAAAUAUAAGAAAUCGGAAUGGGAUUUUUCGAGAAAUCUGAUAGACACAUUAUGACAGUAUUGAGGAAUUUCGUUACUAAAUAUAGACAACUCAGCAGAUCAAAUUUUCUCAAUAAUACUGUUAGACAUGUCACCAAUGAAACAAAAUCUUGGGAACGAAAAUAUAAAAAAGUAACAAGGAUUGAUCUUGAAAAAUAUUGGAAUAAAAAAUUGAAAGAAAAUUGGGAAAGAAGGACAUUAUCCGCUGAUAAUGGAAAACCCAAAUUUUAUUGCCUUUCAAUGUUCCCUUAUCCAUCAGGGAGAUUACAUAUGGGACAUGUAAGAGUUUACACAAUAAGUGAUACCUUUGCAAACUUUUAUCGUAUGAAUGGAUAUAAAGUAAUACACCCAAUGGGUUGGGAUGCUUUUGGUCUUCCUGCAGAAAAUGCAGCAAGGGAUAGGAAACUCGACCCUGCAGAAUGGACUAAAAGUAAUAUAUCAUAUAUGAAGCAACAACUUAAAGAUUUGAACUUGACUUUUGAUUGGGAACGCGAGUUUUCGACAUGCGAGUCUGAUUACUAUAAAUGGACACAGUAUAUAUUUACAAAGUUAUUUGAGUCUGGAUUAGCCUAUCAAAAGGAUGCUCUUGUGAAUUGGGAUCCUAUUGAUCAAACUGUAUUAGCAGAUGAGCAAGUUGAUGAAAAUGGUUGUUCUUGGAGGUCUGGAGCAGUUGUAGAGCAAAAAUAUCUGAAACAAUGGUUUUUUAAAACAUCAGAAUAUGCAGAAUCCCUACUUGACACUUUAGAUGAAAUUGAUGAAGAUGUUGGGAUUAAAUCCAUGCAGAGAAAUUGGAUUGGGAAAGUCAAUGGAUGUUACAUGAACUUUUCUUUGAUAGUAGAUGGUAUUGAGAGACCCAUCUCCUUUCCAGUGUUUUGUACGAACCCUGAAGCAGUAUUUGGUGCUUCGCAUGUUGUUUUGCAAUUUAAAUAUAAAAACGAACUUGCUCAUCAACUUGGAAGGUAUGGCGCAGAAAAUAUGAAGACCAAAUUGAUGAGUAUGUCAUUCACAGAAGAUCCUAUUUUGAUUAGUAACUGUUUUGUUAAAAACCCAUUCAAUGACACUCAAUUGAAAGUUGUUUUGAGUGAUGACUAUGAGUCAAAACAUGACAGGCCGACUGCAAUAUUAUGUAUUCCAGACAUCGAUGAGAUUGCAAAAAAUAUGGCUGACAAAUUUAAUUUUGAAUAUAAUAAUGUUGUCAGUAGCAAUGGGUUAUUGUUAAAUUCAAAGGAUUUUACCGGUCUUUCUCAAAAUGAAGCGAGGCUUAAAAUAUUAGAACAAUGUAAACAACUUGGAAUUAAUAGUGGUAAAAUGACGAGUAGCAAGCUAUGUGAUUGGUUGAUAUCUCGUCAAAGAUAUUGGGGAACUCCAAUACCGAUUAUUCAUUGUCCUGUGCAUGGACCGGUCCCUGUUCCUUCCAAAGACCUCCCAGUUAAACUUCCUCAUAUAGAAGAUUUAUCAAUAAAUACCGGUGUUUCCCCUUUGGCAUCUGUACAAUCAUGGGUAAAUACAACAUGCCCAAAGUGCGGGGCUGCAUCGCAUCGAGAAACUGAUACUAUGGAUACUUUUGUUGACUCCUCAUGGUAUUUUUUAAGAUAUACUGACCCACACAACACAAAAUUGCCAUUUUCUAAAGACAUAGCUGAUAAAAUGAUGCCCGUCGAUCUAUAUAUUGGAGGGAAAGAGCAUGCAACACUCCAUCUAUAUUAUGCCAGAUUUUUUAAUCAGUUCCUUGUGGAUCAAAAUUUGCAUUCACAUAGAGAAGCAUUUAAAAAAAUUCUAGCUCAAGGUAUUAUUAAAGGACAAACACAUCAAGUUAAAUCAACCGGGAAAUAUAUUCAUGUAUCGGAAGUUGAUGAGUCCAGAGACAAUCCUGUCCUAAGAGAAACCAACGAGCCAGUCGAAGUCUCGUUUCAAAAAAUGAGUAAAUCUAAACUCAAUGGAGUAGAUCCUGAGGACUUUGUUAAUGAGUGGGGCUACAGUAUAACAAGGCUAUAUGUGUUGUAUGCUGCUGCACCAUUCGAAGACAUUCAUUGGGAUGUAAAAACAGAUGUCAUACCUGGUGUUAUGAGAUGGCAGUUGAAGCUAUGGACUUGUGUUACAAAGUUACUCGAUGCUAGAAAUAAAAUUCCAGAAAACGAGGUUAAUUCGGGUAAUCCUCCUAUACAGCUUCUCCACGAAAUUGAAAAUAUUGUUCGAGAUACCAAUAAAGCAAUCAAUGAUAUAACAAACCACUAUAAAAAAGACUGCGUACUCAGUGCUGCUAUCACCUGUCUAAUGACACUUGCAAAAUUACUAUUCAAUGUCCCAGGGGAUAUUGUUCAAACCAGUCCGGAGUAUGAGAAAGCGGUGUGUGCUCUUAUUAUAAUGUCAGCGCCAAUGGUACCUCAUUUUGCAUCAGAACUGUGGUCAGGGAUGCAACUUAUGCCCUAUAAGCUUACAAAUCAUGAAUGGGAAAGUGACGUUAUGAGCCAAAACUGGCCUCAACCAGACACAAGUAACAAAUUCCAGCUUAUUGAAUAUAAGAUCAGAGUAAAUGAAGAAACUUGCCAUUCUAUUAGGCUUCCUGAAGACAUAGAUUGCAGUCUAACUGAGGUGAGGUCCUCAAUACUGCGACAUAAAAAGGUGAAAAGGCGUUUGAAAGGGAAGCAAAUUGAAAAUUUUCAAUUUGAUAAGAAAAAUUUUGUUAUUCAUAUAUCUACUACCACUGAAAAAUAAUAUAUGCUUCUAAAAAAACUGUGGAAUUUAUGGUUUGAAUUUACAGGGAGGUAUUGGUGUAUAGCCAUAGUUUCAAAUUUUGACAUGUAUCCCCCAUGACUAAAUCCCACUUUAUUUCAGAUAAACUCCAGCGAAUAGUAAAUAUUAUCGAGGCAAUCCCCAAUUAUCUAUAAACUGCGACAUAAAUUCCAAAGACAACACAGUUCAUUCAUAAUUCUCCUCAGAAAUUGAUUUAUUGUUGUAUUCCUCAAAACAUAAGCCAUGCCAUAAAUAUGAAAGAAUUUUAUCAAAACAGUAAAAUGAUUGAACAUUAUUAGGAUGUAUACAUUUCAGAUUUUUUCCAGGAAGGUUUGGGUGUGUUUAUGAUCGGCUCAGUGGACAGGCGGCUGUAAGUUAUGCAGCAAUAUUACAGUGUCCAGUCAACAGGCACUCAAAACUGAUAUUAAUGAACAACUUAUUUGAAGCUACAGCCAUGGUUGAGGGUCGGACCUCCUUUUGAAAUGUGAAAAAAAUGUUUUUUUCAACAUACAUAUCAGCUGCUUUAAGACACUCAAAGACUCUUGAAAACCCACGUCGUCGGACAGCCUUUGUUAUUGUUAACUUGGCAGUUAGGGAUUUUGCAACCACCACCCGUGUAAAUUCCUUGCUACACCCCUGACUGCAGCCACCCUCCUCUCUUCACAAAGUUCUGCUUUAUGCAUAAGUGGUAAAACUUCCUGUAAAUCUGGGGGUCGCAACGGGUUUCUAGGUUCGUGAAGGCAAAUCAGUAGAAAAUAAUACAAAGCUUUAGGUUAAAUUUUGUCAAUAGAACGUCUGGAAUGACCCUAGAUUUCCACUACCUGUUGUGAGACCCCAGAAAACCAAGCGGCGCAAGAUGUUUAUGGUAUCUUAACCAUUGUGAUGUCACACGAACACGUCUGCAUUUCCGCGCCGCGAUGUGGGCUUCUAAGAAAUGCUGUGGAACACCAGGAUUUUGAUACAAAGGGGUAUUUACUGUGGGGUAGGCUUGUAGUCUAUGAUGUUUCUUUGUGGAGGUUAUCAUACAUCCUGCGGUAACGUUAUAAUUCCGGUAUUUUAUUUACCAUGGCGAAGAAGCAACAAUAUGAAAAUGAAGUUAUGAAAAAUAUGAAAGCAGCUUUUCAGCUCUUCUUUGUAUCGAAAUGACGGCACAGAAUCGGAUGAAAGUCGAGGAUGAUAUGAGAUUAGCUUUGUCAAAAACUCAAGCACGAAUUAUGCAGUUGGCUACGCGGUUCCAAUGCCAUUUAUCACAGCUUGAUGAAAAUUUAUAUUACACAAUAUUCACUUUGCCGCUUAUUUUAGUAUAAGUAUAGAAAGUGAGGCAGGGGGUUGGGAACCA